AGGCAAUCCUGUGGGUGGUAACAAACUAUUAGUCAGAAUUCAGAACAAACUGCUAAUUUUGGAGGACAGUGAAUAAAAAAAAAAUUAUCUUUCAGUUUCUUCCAUUUUAUUUUAUUUUAAUCUAUAAAUUUUUAUCAUCUUCUUUCUUAAUAUUGCUGGCAAUUAUUUCUGCAACAGAAACUAUAAAUCUGAUACUAUUGUAUAAGCCAAGUGAAUGAGUUAUUAUCACCAACUGUAAAAAUUGAGAUGAGAUAUUGGUUGUUGUUUUAGACAUGGAUAAAUCAGAUGAGAAAACGAUGGAAACUGCAACAACAGUGAGUUAUGAUGCUUACUUUGAGACGAUUCAGAGUAGGAAAAAACUGUCCGCUUCCUUACAAGAGACUUUCACUGCUGCAUUUGCCAGCAUUCCUGUUUCAUCCUUCCCACAAGUUCCUGGUGGCAAAGUGAUAGAAAUCUCAGCGGAAACAUCCAUAUCUGAUGCUGUAAAGAUACUUUCUGAAUGCAACAUACUCUCAGCUCCAGUAACGAAUCCGGAUAAAGCUGACAGCAGUGAUUGGAAGGAGAGGUAUCUUGGGAUCAUAGACUAUUCAGCGAUCAUAUUGUGGGUACUAGAAGGUGCUGAGCUUGCUGCUGUAGCUUUAUCUGCUAGUUCAGCUACAGCUGCUGGAGUAGGGGCAGGUGCAGCAGGGGCUCUAGGAGCAGUGGCACUAGGUGCUACAGGCCCAGCCGCGAUUGCUGGGUUAACAGUUGCAGCAGUUGGGGCAGCCAUGGCAGGUGGCUUUGCAGUGGACAAAGGGAUGGGAAAGGAUGCUCCGACAGCUGCUGAUCAGUUAGGUGAUGAUUUCUACAAAGUGAUUCUACAAGAAGAACCAUUCAAGUCAACCAAGGUCAGGGAAAUUGUUAAGUCAUUCAGAUCCACACCAUUCCUUCCAGUUUCAACUGAAAGCAAUAUGUUAACAGUUUUAUUGCUUUUAUCGAAGUAUAGAAUGAGAAAUGUACCAGUAAUUGAACCAGGGAAGGCUUUUAUGAAGAACUUCAUCACUCAAUCUGCUGUUGUGAGAGGCCUUGAGGGAUGUGGUGGACGAGAUUGGUUUGAUUGCAUUGCUGCCCAUCCCAUUUCUGAAUUGGGCCUUCCUUUUAUGUCACGCGAUCAGGUUGUAAGCAUAAACAGCAGUGAUCUGAUUUUGGAGGCGUUUAAGCGGAUGAAGGACCACCACAUUGGUGGCCUUCCAGUUGUGGAGGGACCAAAGAAGAAGAUCAUUGGUAAUUUGAGCAUGAGAGAUAUCAGAUACUUGUUACUCCAGCCCAAUCUUUUCUCCACCUUUAGGCAUCUUACAGUAAAUGACUUCAUGAAGACAGUUUCCUUGAUGAGCCAAGAGGAAGGGAAAGUUACCCAACCGAUAGCAUGCAAGACGAACACCACCCUUGGCGAUGUUAUCCACAGCUUGGCUUCCAAGUCAGUUCACAGGAUUUAUGUGACAGCUGAGGAAGAUGAAGUUGUUGGUGUUAUUACACUUAGAGAUGUUAUUUCUUGCUUCAUCUAUGAACCUCCAAACUACUAUGAUGAAUACUUGGGUUAUUCUGCAGAGGAGUUGCUCGAGAAGUGAAAUCUCUUUUUUGUUUUUGAUUAAAUUAAAUGCCUAUAUUUUUGCCUUGUAGAAUUUUGAGUUGCAAGCCUUGCAAUUGCUCAAGUUACACAUUGUCUUAUCAAUAUACUAUUAGUUGAUACAAGAAGUUUUUACAUA